CCAUUUGCAUGGGCUCCAUUUGUUUGUGAAAACCAAGAUCUUGGAUUUAGAGGUGUUAAGGUUCCUUUAAAAAAAAAGUUUAAGCAGACGCAUCCUGAAGGCGGAGCUCUGUGCUGCUUCUUUCUGGGAAGAGAAAGAGAAACUGACUUGCAGUUCUUGAAGAUUAGUAGGGAAACUGGACUAGCAGUUCUUGAAGACAAUGGCAUCUCAAAAUCCAUCUACUUCUACCUCUGAGAACGAUGAUAUGCAGCUGCAGUGCUCAAGAGGUGCUGAGGAACAAAGCGCAUCUGAAAUUCCUUGUAAGCGACGGAAAAAAGGUGGCAAGUACCAAGCCUUUGAUCUAGAGGAGAAACUGAAGCUGAAGAAAUAUGAAAAUUUGGAAUCACAGACAAGGAAGAUCCUCAAUAGGACAUAUGAGAAAUUAUCCAAAGUUUUAUCUCGAGAUGAUAUGCCGCUAGAAGUUCUCUAUCUCAAGACACGUCUGACCCACUUGCAGGAAAAGACUUCCUUGGACCCCAUACGCAUUGGGCUUUGUGGACGAACAGGGGCAGGGAAGACAUCCCUGCUUAAUGCCAUUCUAGGGAAGAAGCUGUUCCUGCCGGUGUCUGGGAGCAGUGUUUGCACUUCGUGUGUGGUAGAGGUAAAGACAAGUAGGGCUGACCAGUAUGAAGCCACAGUUCAUCUUCUCUCAGAUAAUGAGUGGAAAGAAGAGCUUAAGAAUCUUGUGGAGGUUUUGAGCAAGAAUGGAAAUGAUGGUGGUGAUGAUGAUGAUGAUGAUGACGACGACGACGAAGAAGAAGAAGAUGACAAUGACUGUAAUGAAUGUGUGAACGAUGCCGCUGAAAAGCUCCGUACUCUUUAUGGGGAGGGAGCUGAAAAAAAGGAUUAUGAAACCUUAUUGAGGACUGCAUGGAAGGUUUCUAUUCCUCCCAGAAGAAUAAUUUCUAUCAAGAAACAAAAAGAAGAGGAAUUCUCCAAAGAACUGGAUAAGUAUAUUCGUGUUCGGGAUAAAGGCACUGAUUGUCUCUGGCCGCUGAUCAAGAAUGUAGAAGUGACUAUUCCAAGAUCAGAAAUCCUUCCAGAAGGCAUCAUAUUUUUGGAUAUUCCUGGUACAGGGGACUUCAAUAGCAAAAGGGAUGAAAUGUGGAAAGAGAGCAUUAACAAAUGUUCAGUCAUCUGGAUUGUCAGUGACAUUGAGCGUGUUGUUGGAGAGAAGACCCAGGACCAGUUACUGGAAGAAAGCAUCAAGGCCUUUCCAGGAGGGAUGUGCACUGACAUUGCCCUGGUGGUCAGCAAAUCAGAUAAAAUAGAUCUUGAUGAAUACAGAAGGGAAAGAAAAAAUGAAAAUGGUUUGGAUGCCCAAGCCCAGUGCAUCCAGAGGGCCCGGCAAUCACUGUCCCACCCUUCCAGCCCAAGUCAGGAAAAUGCCGCCGCCGCGGAAGAGAGGAACCAAGAUGUGAAGAACAAGAAAGAGAAAAGCAUUAUGCAGAAGCUGAAGAGAAAGCUGCCACCUGAUGCAGAAGUCCUUAACAAGCCAAAAUUGGUUUAUACAGUUAGUGCCCGAGAAUUCUGGAAAGAAUCUCCGUUAAGGAUCCUCAGUCAGGAAGAAACAGAGAUACCAGAACUGGAGAGAGACUAUGUCAAGAUGAUCUAUCUGGAAGGAGAAUGGGGCAAUUCUCAGAGCUGGCUAAAAACGCUGGUACCAACUCUCUCACAACCAUCAGAGGACUUGGUGUUUCGGAAAAUUGGUGUGGAAGAAUUAAUAAAGAAGGAAAUCGACUCUUUGGAGAAUGGCCUUCAAAAAUGUUUUAAUGAGAUACUGCAGCCUCUGUGUAAAGGCGUGGAACAAGCCAAAAAGAGAUAUAAGAAAACUGUCAUUGAGAUGCUCACAAGAGUUGAUGGAUACCGAGGUUAUCACAAGACCCUCAAAGCAGUGUUCCUGAAGGAUGGAAUAUAUGCCUCUAAGAAAUUUGCACGCAUUGAUUUCAAUGAAAGCCUUGCCAAGCCCCUCUAUGAUGAAAUUUACAGCAUUUUUGGAGGUAUCUUCAGGACCCAAAACACCACAAGAUCCAAUCUGUGGUCUCACCUGAAAAUAUUUAAAAAUGAGGUGCAGAGAAAGAUACACCAAACUGGAAAAGACAACUCCCUUCCAAUUGAUAGUAGCAAGAUUCAUAUGUUCAUUCAAGAAGUAAAUGCAAUCUUGAAAGAACUAGAAAAACAGAUUCUGCAGAACAAGAUACUUAUUUAUCAAAGUCUUAGUAAGUCCAUCCAAAGUGAUCUCAAGCCUCACUAUAAAGGUAAGAGAUUUUCCAGUGCAAUAGCUAAAUAUGGAGUUUGA